UGCCUCCGGAUACUCGAGAGCCACAACGAUUCAGCCAACUCAGGGGCUUUCUCCUACGACUCGGGUCGGUUGGCGUCGGUGUCACUCGACAGGACGGUCAAGAUUUGCAACACGAGCAGCGGCGACUGCCUCCAGACGCUCGAGGUUGGCAAUGCACUC